CUUUCCUUUCCCCUCUUUUCUCUUUCCUUGCUUUCUCUUUCUAACAGUUUUUGAAUAUAUGGGUCCUUCCUUACUUAUUCUUUGUACUAUUAAACUUUUCAGAUGUAUUUUCAUUUAUUUAUUUGUUUGUCUGUUUGUUUGUUCGAGCUCUGGAGGUGAAAUUUGUGAAAGGAGAUCUAAAGGAUGUUAUAAAGUUUCCAUUUUGAAAGCCCUGAAACUGCCAUAAAAAAAACCCAAACUUUAUUUUUUUUCCUUUUUCAAGAUUUUGUUUUUGGUCUAUAAUAGUAGAUCUGAUUAUGGGUUACGAUGCGUGCAAAUAUUGGACUUUGGGGAAAUGUGGGGAACUGGAAAUUAUUUUGAAUCUCAAAUUUUCCAUCUUUCUGUUUGGUAUCUUUAAAUUUCUAUUUCUGCUGCUUUGGGGAUCUUAGAUUUUUCCAUGUCUGCUAUAUACAUAUUUACUGUGGAUUUAGAUCUUUCGUUUCCAUAUCAUGGAUCUGCGAUACCGUGAAGGCCGCUCAUUGGGGGCUUUUUUCAAUUUCCUACCAAUUGAGAGUUAGAAAAUCUUCAUGGAUGACGAUGCGUUGAACAUGCGUAAUUGGGGUUACUAUGAGCCAUCCUUUAAAGGACAUCUUGGUCUGCAGCUUAUGUCAAGCAUGGCUGAGCGGGACACAAAGUCUUUUAUUCCAAUGCGCGAUCCGAAUCUCAUGGUUACUCACAAUGCUGCCUUUCACCCACGCGACUGCAUUGUUUCGGAGGCUCCUAUCCCCAUGAAUUACGUUAGGGAUAGUUGGAUUAGCCAGAGAGAAAAGUUUUUUAACAUGUUACCAGGCAUUUCUCCUAACUACGGCAUUCUGCCUGAAACUUCAGCUGCUCAUUCACUGCCAAUUUUGCAGCCAUCACCCAAUUCUUCAACAACAGAUGAGAGGGUGGUUGGCAGAGUUGAAGAGCCACCAGCUACCAAGGAAAGUGUGGAGUUGAAGAAAAGGCAGAGCGAGUCUGCCCCGAAGACACCAAAGACCAAAAAGCCUAGGAAGCCAAAGGAUAAUACCAAUUCUUCUGUUCAACGUGUGAAGCCAGCAAAGAAGAGUAUGGAUAUUAAAAUCAAUGGGUACGAUAUGGAUAUUUCCGGCAUUCCGAUCCCGGUUUGCUCAUGCACUGGAACCCCUCAGCAAUGCUAUCGAUGGGGCUGUGGCGGUUGGCAAUCUGCUUGUUGCACCACAAAUGUAUCCAUGUAUCCUUUGCCAAUGAGCACCAAGAGGCGUGGUGCGAGGAUAGCUGGGCGGAAAAUGAGUCAAGGGGCAUUCAAAAAGGUCCUGGAGAAACUCGCAGCCGAAAACUAUAACUUCAAUAACCCAAUUGAUUUGAGGACUCAUUGGGCCAGACAUGGUACCAACAAGUUUGUCACUAUCAGGUAGAGAGCUAAAAGGAUGGUAUCAACAGCGGGUCUGCAUCGCAUGUAUAUAUAUCUCGGCCUCCUGUGGAGAUGUUUGUUGCCUGUGUAGUUUCAUGAAUUUUCUCAGUCAUGAUUAUGUUUUAAACACUUGAACAUCAUGGUUCUAGCCAACCUUUUCAGUAUUUUUCAUUCAUGCUUCUGCUUAAAGAACUUUUGUUUUAUUCA